AUGUUGCGGCACAGAGAGGUUAGAUUCCAGGAGUGGUUAUCUAGUUUGGCUCUUACUCUGGACAACUUUGAUUUGGUGUUGGUCUUACUCUGGAAGAUUUGGACUUCCCGUAAUGAAUUAAUUUGGAUGGGAUCGAUCUCACCACCACAUGACAUUCAAUUACAAGCACAGACUUGUCUGAUUGAGUUUAAGAAGUGGAAUGUGGUUCCAAAGCACAACAAGCCCAUUGACCCGCAACAAUGGAGGACACCAUUGGAAAGAUGGCUCAAGUGCAAUUUUGAUGGGGCAUGGGAUGUUAAUGCAACUAUGGGUGGUGUUGGCGUUAUCAUUAGGAAUGCAGCGAAAGAAUUUGUUGCAACUUUAGCUAUGAGGUUGGCAAGUAUUGGGUCUUCGAUGCAGGCGGAAGUUGCUACAGCCUGGGAAGCUGCUGUAUUUGCACUUCAGUGGUGUGCUGACCAGGUUAUCUUGGAAGGAGAUACUCUGCUUGUAGUUGCUGCAAUUCAAAACAAUGUAGUGGUUAAUCAAGGACCGUUUGGGCUAUUAUUGGAGGACACCAGAAGGAUUAUGCAGUCAUUUAAAUGGUGGAAAGCAUGCUUUGUACGUUGA